CCCCUGGCCUCCUCGCCGUUACUUACUUCCGCUUCCUCAAUUUUAGCCGUCCGAUUCCUCAACUCACCAUGUAUCCCAUUUUAACCUUCAAUACUCCAGACACAUCCUGAAUCCUGAUCCUCCUCCUUUUUUUUUUUUUUUCUAUUUCUCUCUCUCUCCCCCCCCCUCCCCCGACGAAUUAUUUCCCAGUCUCGGAGCAAUCGGGAGAUGUCGACCGAAGUUGGAAAUGAGCACGUCUACUACCUUCCUUGCAGCUUCUGCAACACCAUCCUCGCGGUAAGCGUACCAUGCAGCAACCUUUUCAACAUAUUGACCAUAAGAUGCGGCCAUUGCUCAAAUCUUCAGUCUACGAAUAUGGGAGCGUUGCUACCGACACCCAUUCCCUUUAAAAACAUGCAGUUGCAGAAUCUGCAGACUCAUGUUUACAGCCCUCAACAGCUCGGAAUGGAAUUUGGGUCUUCUUCUUCUAGACUUCGCACAAUUUCCAUGAUGAGCCAUGCGAAGCAUGCGCAAAGGCUGGCACCUAACAGACCACCGGAAAAAAGGCAACGAGUCCCUUCUGCAUACAAUCGAUUCAUUAAGGAAGAGAUCCAAAGGAUAAAAGCCUGCAACCCUCACAUCAGCCAUAAGGAAGCCUUCAGCACAGCUGCAAAAAAUUGGGCUCACUUUCCUCACAUUCAAUUCGGAUUAGCUUCGGAAGGCAACAAACAAGCUAAACUUGAUGAACCUUUUUACGUGGAGGCGCUGCCAUGACUCAAUCUUUUCAAUAAGUACUGCAAGCACAUAGGUGCAACUUAAUAUUUCCUUUUUCAAUGUUUUAAUUAGAUCAUUGCGGAUCACUCGGGGAUCCCCAAGACGCCAUUACUUGCCAGUUUCUUAUUGAUCUUAUAUAUUGCUUCCAUCUUGCACCGUGAUGACGAUUUGUUCCAUAAAUGUGAUUAAUAUUUUUCCUUGUAUGAAGUUGUCAUUUUUAUCAUGUACUUGGAUAAUAGUUCAAAAAUAAAUGGAUUACCCGCUUUGUUAAGCAGUAACGAAA